AUGGACUGGGUGUUUUGCGGCGCGCUGUCGUUCUUACGCUGUGCGGAAGUCACCGUCUGCUACGACAUUGCCUGCCAAUGGAGCAAGAACUUGCACAAGCGUAUCAAGAAGAUGAAGCCAGACUGCCUCGUGUUUCCCGGCGCGACGGAGUUUCUGAAGCACCACAUCGGCAACACGAUAACCUACGUAGUGCCGAAAUUUCAUCUAUACGCCCAUAAGCUCUUUUGCCAGUUGCGGUACGCACUUGGCUUACUAUUUGGCACUGGAGCGACCGACGGGGAAGGCUGCGAGCGUGUUUGGUCUGGCGCCAAUCCUGCUGCGUCCAGUCUACGGGAGAUGGGAGCUGGAGGCAUGAGCGAUACCAUGGACGAUAUGUGCAGUUCAUGGAACUGGAGAAAAACAUGCGGGAUAGCCGAUCUUCUUUGCGAGCGUAUGGAACGGGCGCUGGACAAUGGCGCUAAGCAGACGGCAAUCUUCACGGAAUUGACUGAGGCGAUUGAGGCGGAGGAUCCCUCUAAAGUAGUUGACGCUCGAGCCGCUAUCAGAACCUGGGAAGAAGAUACUGUGAAGAAGGAGGGGACGCGGUGCCCGUACAGCACCGAGAAGUCCGAUCUGUCCAUCCUUGAGAUUCAACGGCAGGCGAGGCAGGCACAAGGCCUGUCUUCUCAACACCCUCUGAUGGACGCCGAAGAUGCCACUUCGUUGGCAGAUCUCAUUGUUCGCGGGCUUAAGAUAGAAGAAGACAGGGCGAGUUUCUACUUGAAGCACAAGACCUCGGGGGGUACCACCAAACAAGUCGGAGCUAGGACGAAUGCCUUGAACGCGAUCUUGCGCACCAUACGAACCUUCCGCAAAGAGCAAGAACUCUACAUGCCCGAUGUUUACGCUGCCCUUACUUUGGACGAGCGCGACCCCGACCGUGGAGCAGCGCUAACAGUCAACUUAUACCUGCCAUCAACACCACCCGAGAAAGACGAGAGUCUCACUUCGCCAGCGGCGCGCAUGAUGGAAGCCGAAGUGAGAUGGGCUUCGAUGGCUGAUGAACUCGACAACUUGCGAGACCAAUUGCGCCUGAAAGGUUGUCUCAACAGAUUCAAGAUAGCGAAUAUUACCGGACAGCGCGGCAACACCCGCGCUCGCGAAGCACAAGAUGCUGUGUACGAGAACGUCCAGAGGGCCGCGAAUGCAUAUAGACGACACCACGAUGCUUACUUCAAGUUGGUCGGACCGGGGAAGGGUGGUUGGGAGGAGACCAUGCGUGAGCUGGACGAUAGUCAUUGCCGCGGGUUGGGCGACCGCCUACUCGAGCAGGUAGAGAAUAUGUCUGAGGACAAGAUCAAGGAGUUCCUGGCGGGGAAGCGGGGUGCAGAGUCGUCCGGAGAGACCCAGUAUGAGCUGCCGUGGAUUUGGUUCAAUCGCACUCAAGAGUCGGUAUUCCAAAUCACAGACGAACUCAUGGUAGAGUGGUGCAAAAGCCGCGCUCGGGCACAGCACUGGGUACAAGAGGUUCGCCUUCUCGACGAAGAGAUGCGGCGCGUCGUGGCAUUCAGUGAAAACAUGGCCAAGAUAUGGGACGCCCGUUGCGAACCCAAAGACCGUAUGGACUUUGGAGAAAAGCAUGCGUACGCAUGUGAUCAGGGUUGGGCCGAUGGCGCACGGGCGUACGCAUGCAAACAGGCGUGGAUUCGACGGACACAAGCUUCGAACUGGCGCGUACAGCUGGCCGCAUCUCGAAAGGAAGCCCAAUACUUCCUCGCGCUGCACACUUCCGAGGGUUUAACGGUAGGAAGUGUCACUGUGGGGCCUGUAGCGCAUACGGGGCAGACAACACUCAUUAUAGGCGAACCAAAGCAGGACCAGACUACCGCGGCGAACACGAGAUCGUCCGAGAUCAAUGCCCCGCAGCGCAAGCAGAGAGGAUCAAGGGGUCAUCGCCCUGGAGUGUCAAUGUCGGGUACAGUCAAGCGUCGAAAAGGGAAGGGCGAAGGUCAGGACGACAAGAGCACAUAG